UAAGCAAAAACGAGAGAGAGGGGGAGGAGGAGGAGGAUGAUGUGCAUCAUUGAAGGGCAUGUGCAAAGCUUCAAUCCCCAUGCCUCUCCUCCAUCAAAUUCCUCAUUCCCUUUCUCUUCUUCUUCUUCUUCUUUCCUUCAUCUUUAAUCACUCCCGAAAUUCCCAUCUAUCACUUUUCUAGAGUUUUGAAAUUCUCUAAAAGCUUAUCACCCCCUCUCAUUUCCCCUUUCUUUCUUUUUAAAUUACACUUCCACAAAAUUCAAUAAGGUUUUAUAAAAUAUAGACAGAGAGGAGAAAGAAUCAUUUUACUUUUUCCUCCUUUUCCAGAAGAAUAUAAAAGGAAGAUCCAAUCCAACCAUUUUAAUUAAUAUAUAUUCUUUUCUUUUCCUCUUUGACUGGAACCCAAAAUUGAGAGAGAGAAAAAGAAAAACUAUUCUUCUUCCAAGAUUUUUAUUUUUUUUUCUAGUAUUAUGUAAAGGGAAAGGGGGAAAUUCUGGAGAGAGAAAUGUUGGCAAUGGAGAAGGAUUUUGAUUCAAAGCUUAGGAUUCAGGGAACCAAUAAUAACGAUGAUAAUAAUAGUUCUAAUACUUCUUCUAAUAGUGCUGCUUCCAACAGUGUUCAGAGAUCUAAAAGCUUUGCGUUUAGAGCUCCUCUGGAGAGUUUCACUAUCCAGGAUUUUGAAUUGGGCAAGAUCUAUGGUGUUGGUUCUUAUUCAAAGGUUGUGAGGGCGAAGAAGAAGGAUACAGGAAUGGUGUAUGCUUUGAAGAUCAUGGACAAAAAGUUCAUCACCAAGGAAAAUAAAACAGCUUAUGUGAAGUUGGAACGUAUUGUGCUUGAUCAACUGGACCAUCCUGGUGUUGUGCGGCUAUUUUUUACAUUUCAAGAUACAUUUUCACUGUACAUGGCACUUGAAUCCUGUGAAGGUGGAGAACUUUUUGACCAAAUAACAAGAAAAGGUUGUUUAUCAGAGGAUGACGCUCGCUUCUAUGCUGCAGAAGUUGUAGAUGCUCUUGAAUACAUACACAAUAUGGGAUUGAUACAUAGAGAUAUUAAGCCAGAGAACUUGCUACUUACUACAGAUGGGCACAUUAAAAUUGCUGAUUUUGGCAGUGUAAAGCCUAUGCAGGAUAGCCGAAUUACAGUUCUUCCUAAUGCAGCCUCAGAUGAUAAGGCAUGCACAUUCGUGGGGACAGCCGCAUAUGUCCCUCCAGAAGUACUCAACUCUUCUCCAGCAACAUUUGGAAAUGACCUCUGGGCACUUGGCUGCACCUUGUACCAAAUGCUUUCAGGGACUUCUCCUUUUAAAGAUGCAAGUGAAUGGCUUAUAUUUCAAAGAAUUAUAGCCAGAGAUAUAAGAUUUCCAAAUUAUUUUUCUGAAGAAGCCAGAGACCUUAUUGAUCGGUUAUUGGAUAUAGAUCCCAGUAGACGACCAGGUGCUGGAGCUGAUGGUUAUGCCGCUCUCAAGAUGCAUCCUUUCUUUAGGGGAGUUGACUGGAGUAAUUUAAGAGCACAAACCCCUCCGAGACUUGCUUUAGAGACAGGGGCUCAAUCAGGUGAGGGUGACGAUCAUAAUGAUUCUUCAUGGAAUCCUACCCACAUUGGAGAUGGUUCAGCCAGACAGAAUGAUGGAAAUGGUGGUGCCUCAUCUUCUGAAUCAUCUGGUCAUAUAACUAGACUUGCCUCAAUUGACUCCUUCGACUCAAAAUGGCAACAAUUUUUGGAUCCAGGAGAAUCUGUUCUUAUGAUCUCAAUGGUGAAGAAACUACAGAAAUUAUCAAGCAAAAAGGUGCAGCUUAUCCUCACCAACAAGCCAAAAUUGAUUUAUGUGGAUCCUUCAAAAUUGGUCGUAAAGGGGAACAUUAUUUGGUCUGACAACUCUAAUGACCUCAGUGUCCAGGUCACGAGUCCAUCACAUUUCAAGAUUUGCACGCCAAAAAAGGUAUUAUCAUUUGAGGAUGCAAAACAAAGAGCAUGGCAAUGGAAAAAAGCAAUUGAAGGCCUUCAAAACCGGUGAAGUGAUUUUAUUCAUUGUUGUGAAGCACAUUCUUUGGACAUUCUGAUAUGAUAGAGGAACUUGGGAACUAUUAAACAAUUGACACCACAAAGCAAUUGUUUAUUUCAUGAAAGCGGCUCAAGAGUUUUCAGAUUCAGCUGUCUCCUCAUGCAAAGCUGCGGGUGGUUGAUAUUAAGCUUUCAUGCCCUCUUUUGUAGAACUGGGUAUGUAGUGGAGGGUUUUCUUAUCUGUUUCUAGCCUUGUCUGCAAUGAAUGUAACAUGUGAAAUCCUGAUGUACGGUUUUAAGAGAAGAAAAAGAAGGGGAAGGGGCUGGUGGUGUCAAUUACAUGUUAGUAUUGUAUUGAAAGUAGAUGUUUCCAGUCAUUAAUGAAGAUUUCUUUUGAUGAAAUUCAUUUUGGCAGCGAAGAGCUUACCGGCCUGAAAA